CAACCAAAUAUCUAGCCUUAGAAUCCAAUUCUUCUCAAUGGGAAGCCAAAUGAAGAAGCAAUGGCUUCAAUUUGCUUGUGCUUUGGCAUUUUUCUUGAUUGCCACAUGCACUAUGGCUUAUUCACCUUAUAAUUCGUAUGAAUCAUCAGAUUCAACAUAUAAUAAAGUACCAAACACAGUAGUCAAAAGUGAAGACUUCAAGGUACCCUCAGAGUCAGAAAAGGAAUAUGAGUCGUCAUUUUUGCCAAAAAAUGAUUACAAUAAGAAACCAUCAGUUUCAGAAGAUAACUAUAAGAAAGUACCCAUUGUUCCCGAACAUGAAUCAUUCUUGCCAAAGAAUGACUACUACAAGACGCCAUCAUUUUCAGAAGAUAACUACAAGAAGGAGUCAUAUGUUCCAGAGGUACCCUCGAUGACUAAACCAGAAUAUAAGGAGUCAUUUUUGCCAAAAUUUGACUACUUUAAGAAGCCAUCAUUUUCAAAAGACAGCUACAGGAAGACGUCAUAUGUUCCAGAGGUACCCUCGAUGGCUAAACCAGAAUAUAAGGAGUCAUUUUUUCCAAAAUUUGACUACUUCAAGAAGCCAUCAGUUUCAGAAGAUAACUACAAGAAGUCGUCAUAUGUUCCAGAGGUACCCUCGAUGGCUAAACCAGAAUAUAAGGAGUCAUUUUUUCCAAAAUUUGACUACUUCAAGAAGCCAUUAGUUCCAAAAGAUAACUACAAGAAGGCGUCAUAUGUUCCAGAGGUACCCACAGAGCUUAAACCGGAAUACAAGGUACCAUCUUUGCCAAAGAAUGACUACUAUAAGAAGCCAUCGGUUCCAGAAGAUAAUUACAAAAAGGUAUCAUAUGUUCCAAAGGUGCCCUCAGUGCCUAAAGAAGAGUACAAGGUACCUUCUUUUCCAAAGAAUGAUUACUACAAGAAGCCAUCAGUUCCAGAAGAUAACUACAAUAAGGUACUAUUUGUUCCAAAGGUGCCCUCAGUGACUAAAGAAGAAUACAAGGUGCCUUCUUUCCAAAAAAAUGAUUACUACAAGAAGCCAUCAGUUUCAGAAGAGAACUACAAAAAGGUUUCAUAUGUUCCAAAGGUUCCCUCAGUGCCUAAAGAAGAAUACAAGGUGCCUUCUUUGUCAAAUAAUGACUACUACAAGAAGCCAUCACCUUCUCCAUCACCACCACCUCCAUAUUAUUAAAUUUCCAUAUUUCAUGUUCAACAUGGAUGUUUCAUUUAAGUCCUUCUCCAUCUCAACAUAUAUAACUCAUAGGGUUCUCAUAUUAUGAGUUAGAAGGCAUGAUAUCAAAAUUUGUAUUUAUUUAUUUUUCCUUUUCCUGCUCCGGUUUGUAAUUGUUUUGUCAUUUAAAUUCUAUAUUUUGAACGAAAAAAUUAUUUCAAUUGAAUACAAGUUCUUUU